UCGAGCCAAGAGAGUCGAACUGGCCAGCGCCUGCUACGUGUGCGCCCGGAAGGUUGACGACGCCGGUCAGGAGUAGCUUGCAUCUCUGGUCCUUCUGCUCAUCCCCCAUGCGCACUUUUGUGACAGCAACGUGAAAUCGCUCGAGUACGUACGCGGGCCAUGUCAGUGUUAUAGCGACCCAAGGAACAGCGGAACCAAACAUAGCCCGCACGCAACCGCAACCGCAACCACAGGAGAGCGCCAGCACCAUGGCGUCUCCCUCAGACGAGCCCCCCGCGACCUUCCUCGACUACCGCGCAAUGGCCGACACAGCAGCGUCGGGCAGCAUAUCGCCGUCCAAGUCGGCAGCCGCGGCGGGCGGCAGCACCACAGCGCCCAGUCGACUGCGCUCUCCGCUGCGAGCUGGGCCCCGCAGCCCGAAGAUGCAAGAGGAGAUGCACGCCCCUGCGAACGGCGCGCCCAAGAUCAUGCGGUCGGCACCCACCGGCUCGCCGCUGUCAGCCCAGGAGCCCGAGGAGUUCCCAUUCCACAGCCCGCCGUCGGCUAGCAGCAACGGUGCCCCUAUAGAGACCGUCGAGGCGAUCGACUACGCUGCGCCCCGAGUGCCCAAGCCCUCUUCCCACGCCUCCAAUGGCUCCACGAGCUCAUACUACCCGCCCUUUGCGCCCGUCUCCCGCAUACCCACCGCCGAGGGCGACCCAGCGGAUGCGAAUGCGCCCAAGGAGCGGAAGAGCGUCCAGUUCGCCCGCUCGGCCACGUACGGCUCCGACAUCCCCGCGGCAAAUCCCGCGGCAAACUCGCGGCAGCAGUCAUGGGAGGUGGACGAGGGCAAGGGGAGAGCCAGGAGCAAGGAGGACUCGUCGUUGAUGGGCAAGCUGAGGGCAUUGGCAGCGCCUAUGCAGGGACACGGGAGGAGCCACAGCGCGAAUAACACCGGCGCCGUCUCGCCUCGUUCGCAAUCGCCCCAUGGCCCCCUGUCCCCAGCCAACGAGCGCAACGAGUUCCGCUUCGACGGCAACCACGACAGCGAAGCAGAAGCUGAUGCCGAUGCCGAGUCGAGUGCUGGAGAGGGUGCAUCCCGACCUGUGCAGAAGCGCAAGAGAAGCCGGCGUUGGUUCGAUGGAGAUGCUGGUGAAGGUUCCCAAACAGCUCCAACAACUCCCAAGCAGACCAGCUACUUCUCUCGAGACUCGCCCACGGGCACGCCCACGUCCUCGACUCGCCCCACGUUCAUGCGCAGGGGCACCAUGAGCGACAUACCGGAGAACGAGCGCCAGGGCUACUCGGAAGACGAGGGCCGCUCACGCUUGGGCAACAAGGAGAGCGCCUGGACUCGCGGCCUGCACAGCGCAAGGGGCUUGUCUUACGGUGGGCUGCGCAGACACGACCCAAACGCAGAAGAGGGAGAUCCUUCCAGCGAACGUCGUCCAGCGUGGCGCAUGCGCAGCGAGCGUACGUCGAGUCUGAGCGCGCAGAAGUGGAAAUCCAUCAAGAACAGCCUCAAGCUGCUCGGCAACCGCGCAAAGGCAGACCGCCAGGUCGACCAUGCCAAGUCAGCUGAGCUGAUGGCGGAGCUGCUUGCCGGUGCUCCUGCUGCCCUCUUUCUCGCCAGCAUGUUCCAGCGCGACGAGCACGGCCACAAACGCAUACCCGUGCUUCUCGAGCAGCUCAAGGUCACCAUCACCGAUGCCGACAAGUCCAGAGAGAAAGAGGGCGACAGGCAUACCCCCCUGCGUAUCGAGCUCGAGUAUGGCAGUGGGCUUACUCGGAUGAAGUGGGUUGUGUACCGAACGGUUGCUGACUUCGCCAACUUGCAUCUCAAGUUCAAGGUGCAGGAAAAGCAAGACUCGUUCCGCAGCCGUGUCACCACCGCCGACAAGGAUGACCCACGUGGCAAGCUACCCCGUUUCCCCAGGAGUGUCGUGCCAUACCUCCGAGGCAUACGAGGCUACGGAGCCUUAGACGAGGAAGGGGAAGAGGAGGAAGAAGCUGUCGCUGGCGGUGCAGCUACCGAUGGGGACGCAAGCGCCACAGACCGUCCUUCAAGAGGCAAGCGACGCAAAUCGUCCUUCGUCCUCAAUCGCAGGAAGUCGAGCAUAGGCAGCCCGGAUCCAACUACAGGCGCUAUCGGUCAGCUUGCGGCACGGCAGGGUAGCUUUGCGGGUGCUGUGGGCCAACCUCUGAACUCGAAGCAGAACCACCACGAGCGACAACGGAAGAAGCUCGAAGCGUACGUCAGGGGCUUGAUUCAGUAUCUCAUCUUCCGCCCCGACAGCAACCGACUUUGCAAGUUUCUGGAGCUGUCUGCGCUAGGUGUACGCUUGGCUGCUGAGGGAGGCUACCACGGCAAAGAAGGUCAUAUGAUGAUCAAGUCGUCGAAAGGAGUGGAUGCGCGGAAGAGGUGGACGCCCAUGCCGAUGAUGACUCGGCACUGGCCCAAGUGGUUCCUCGUCAGGCACAGUUACAUUGUCUGUGUGGACUCCCCAGAAGAAAUGAACGUCUACGACGUAUUUCUCGUCGAUUCCAACUUUGACCUUGAGUCCAAGACAGCAGGCAAGUACAAAGACAAGAAGGCUCGACAGGUUGCAAGCGAAGCCAAAGCAUCAGCAACAGGCCACCAUCAGCUGAAACUCGUCAACUCUGAGCGCAAGAUGAAGCUGCUUGCGAGGAACGACAAGAUGCUCCAACAAUUCGAGGAGUCGAUCACCUUCAUGAUGAACAACACGCUGUGGUCGAAGCGCCAGCGCUUCGACAGUUUCGCUCCCGUACGAAAGAAGAUCUACGCGCAGUGGCUUGUCGAUGGUCGGGACUACAUGUGGAACGUCUCUCGUGCCAUCAGCAUGGCUCGCGAUGUCAUCUACAUUCACGACUGGUGGCUCAGUCCCGAGCUGUAUCUGCGCCGCCCAGCUGCUAUCAGUCAAAAGUGGAGACUUGACCGACUGCUCCAGCGAAAGGCGCAAGAAGGCGUGAAGAUCUUCGUCAUCAUGUACCGCAACAUCGGUGCCGCUAUUCCCAUCGACUCCGAGUACUCCAAGUUCUCACUGCUCGACCUUCACCCCAACGUCUUCGUCCAGCGAUCGCCCAACCAGAUUCGUCAGAACACCUUCUUUUGGUCCCAUCACGAGAAGAUUUGUGUUGUCGAUCACACAAUCGCUUUCUGUGGCGGUGUCGAUCUGUGCUUCGGCCGUUGGGACACGCCACAGCACGUGGUGGUAGACGACAAGCUGACAGGCUUCGAGUUGGACAGCAACGCUCCCAAGGAUGCGGAUCACUGUCAGCUUUGGCCUGGAAAGGACUACUCGAACCCUCGUGUCCAGGAUUUCUUCAACCUAGACAAGCCCUACGAGGAGAUGUACGACCGCAGCAAAGUUCCAAGGAUGCCAUGGCACGACAUUGGUAUGCAGAUCGUUGGCCAGCCAGCUCGCGAUCUUACACGCCAUUUCGUACAACGUUGGAACUACCUUCUUCGUCAACGCAAGCCAUCUCGACCGACUCCAUUCUUGCUUCCGCCGCCGGACUUCAACCCUGCUGAUAUCGAGGCGCUGGGACUGGAAGGCACUUGUGAGGUGCAGAUCCUGCGCUCCGCCUGUGCUUGGUCGCUUGGUACACCGAACAAGGUCGAACACAGUAUCAUGAAUGCCUACGUCCAAAUGAUUGCAACUUCAGAACAUUUCGUUUACAUCGAGAAUCAGUUCUACGUCAGCAGCAGCGAGGUCUUGGGUACCAAAAUCGAGAACAAGAUCAGCGACGCUCUUGUCGACCGCAUCAAGCGUGCACACGCAAACGACGAGGAUUGGCGGGCCUGCAUCAUCCUCCCACUGAUGCCUGGAUAUCAGAACACUGUGGAUGAGCAAGAUGGUAGCAGUGUCCGCCUCAUCAUGACAUGCCAAUACCACAGCAUCUGUCGUGGAGAGACAUCGAUAUUCGGACGCCUCCGAGCUGCCAACAUUGAACCAGAGGACUACAUUCAAUUCUACGCGCUAAGAUCCUGGGGUGAGAUCGGGGCCAAUAAGAUGCUCGUCACAGAGCAACUGUAUAUCCACGCCAAGAUUAUGGUGGUUGAUGAUCGAGUCGCCAUCAUCGGAUCCGCGAACAUCAACGAGCGAUCUAUGCUGGGCUCUCGAGACUCUGAGAUUGCUGCCAUCGUGCGAGACACCGAAGUGCUCGACUCGUACAUGGCUGGCCAGCCAUACAAGGUCGGCAAGUUUCCUCACACCCUCCGCAUGCGUCUGAUGCGCGAACACUUGGGUGUCGAUGUGGACCAUAUCUCCGAGGAAGAAUGGGCGAGUCAAAUGUCCGAUGCCGAUAGUACUGCUUUCCAGACAGAGUCAUCUGGUCCUGGUUCCCCGACUGCUGAUCGCGCUACCGAGCAAAAGCUUUCAGAGAACCAUGCUCGAGCGCAGGAGGAGCUGCUUGAACGUGCCGAGAGGCUGCACAGCUUCAACCACGACUUCGACUGGGCACAGGACAAGAAUCCUCAUCUUCAGAGCAACAAGAAGCCAUCAUCUGAUCCUCGUGUAACUCGCAACGAGGCACAUGAAAAGGACGUCCGCGGAGAAGGCGCAGAUCAUUAUCGCGACCUUGAGACUCGCGAGCCAAGCCUCACUCGCGGUCGCGACACCUUCCUUGACCCUCAUGGCCAUGAGAAGCUGCUUUCCGAUGUUGCAUCCGAGGGCCUUGCCAACAAGGAUACAGUGAAGAGACAUUCGACUGCAAGGGGUCGAGGUCGCAGUAACACAGUCGGCACAAAGGCCAGCGCAAGCAGCAGUGGACCUACCGAAGGCUACGCCGGCCUUCCACCACCCAAGCUUCCCCGCAUGGACACACAGAAGCUGGGCUUGACGCAACUCAGUCAACUUCCUGCCCUGCCCGUCAUGGACGACACUGACAUCGGUGGGCCGCCGCUACAGCGCACCUUCAGCGGCGCAUCUUCAAACGUCGUCAACCCUCUUCUUGCUGAGAUGAGACGACCCAUCGUCACGGAAGAUUGCAUGCGCGACCCGAUCAACGACUCCUUCUUCCUCGACACCUGGCACCAAGUCGCUGAGAACAACACGAAGCUCUUCCGCCAAGUGUUCCGCUGUCAGCCUGAUAACGAGGUCAAGACGUGGAAGGAGUAUCAGGAGUAUACCGCCUUUGCUGCACGAUUCACACAGAUGCAAGGUGGCGGCAAACCCCAGAACCAACGCGCACAAGAAGCCCCUGGUAAGACCGGUCCACCAGGCACCGGCGUAACCGAAAAGAUCGGCCUCGUAGGCAAACAAGUUGGCGCCCUAGGCGACAAGCUCUCGGAAAAAGUAACCAACAACUCCGACAACUCGCCCAGCAAGACCGGUGCCGUCGAGCAAUGGGCCCACGAGCAAGAGAAGCGCGUACAGCAGGGCCUCAAGCUGGACACGCACAGUACGCACAAUGGCGAGCAGUUCGACGAGAAGCACCCGCGCUCUGUCAAACCGGCAGAGGACUCGAUUGUGAGCCCGAUGAAUGGGUCGCUGCCGGCUAGAACAUACACCUUCCCCGCCGCGCCUCCCGUCCCCGAAAACGAUCCCUACCACCCCUCCUCCAACACCGACGCGCCACGCGCACGCAACGUGACAAUCAGCGAGCCCACCAAGCUCCCCUCUGGCGCAAACUUCUCCAGCCACCGCAACACCAUAGGCAGCAAACGCUCUCGGCGCCGGGCGACCACCAAGUCAUCUACCCGCGCGUUCCACGCCACGGAUGCGGAUAGCAUGCUUGGGAAGGAGGAUGCGAAGAUGCUUAUGGAUUUGGUGCAGGGCCAUUUAGUGCUUUGGCCGUAUGACUGGCUCGAGACGGAGGAGAAGGGGGGUGGUUGGUUGUACAAUGUUGAUCAGAUAGCACCGCUUGAGAUUUACAACUAAACGAACCCUUUCGAGAGCAUACGGGAGGACAGAGGUGAGAGGCGAUGUACUGGGGUUUGCGUGUGGGUUUGGAUUUGGGUUUUGGGAGAGUAUAGAGAAGUGUUGAGAGCGAUUGCAUUGCAUGGUUGGCGUUGUCGGUUCUUCUUUUUCCCGCAUUGUAAAGCAUCCUGUGGUUCCACACUGUACGAGUUUGAGCAUUACAAUGCACUAGCCUUAAGCCAUCACAUCACACUCUGAUCCAGUAACGA